GACCUACCCGGUACCUAGGUACAUAUGUGCUUAGGUAGCAACUGGCGUGACUAACAGCGAAGUUGACAAGACGAGAAUUUCGUAAUUGAGACCGAGGCAGUGUGCCGUAAUGAAUAAGUAUUACCCAGCAUAAUUCCUCGCCCAGCUAAAACUUUCCAAUCAUUGUAAUCUGCUUUCUAAGAAGAUAAGUUGUCUCCAGGCUAAGUUAAUUCGCACUCUUGAAGGGUGCGCCAUAGAGAAGUAUAUAUGAAGCGCAUCGUCCUCGCCCUGUCGAUUUUAGUUGCUUCCAUUUCCAUCAUCAUCUACAAUUCAAAUAUCAUUACGAGUUUCCUUCAAGGGACAACAUCUGAAGACCACCAAAGCUCGAUUACUACCACAUCUCAGGGAAUACAACUCUCAUCAGUAACACACCUGGAUCCAGAUCUACCCGUUUCAUCCCCAAUCGAUCCACACCAUCAUAUGAACGCAAUCAAGAAUACAAUGUCAAAGGCACUAUCACACGCCAAGAUCACACCUCACCGCUCGGCCGCUCGAGGGCACUCUGACCAUGGCUGGUUGAACACAUAUCACAGCUUCUCCUUCGCCGACUGGUUCGACCCCAACUUCACACAUUUCGGGUCCCUGCGCGUGCUGAAUGAAGACCGCGUGAGGGCCAACUCAGGCUUCCCCACCCAUCCUCACCGGGACUUUGAGAUUUUCAGCUACAUCGUCUCGGGCGAGUUGACGCACCGAGACAGCAUGCUCAAGAAGGGUGCCGAGGGAGCCCAGUCAGAUAAAUUCUACCGCAUGCACCGGGGCGACGUCCAGUUCACCACUGGCGGAACCGGCAUCGCGCAUUCCGAAUUCAACGAGCAUAACAAGGAUACAGUACACUUUCUUCAGAUCUGGGCCAUCCCGUGGAAGCGUGGACUUACUCCUCGCUAUCACACGCGUCACUUCGACGAUGAGAAGAAGAGGCUGGGCUUUGUCCCCAUCCUGAGCCCGUUGAAAGGUGGUCCCGAGGCCACUCACCAGCAAGAGCAGGCCGCCGAGCCCACCAUCGAUGGCACAAUACCUAUCCACGCUGAUUUCGUCAUGAGCGCCGGCAUCAUCGCGCCGCAGAAGAGGUUCGAGUGGGUAGUCGGGGCCAAUGCCACUGAGAGCCCCAAGAGGAAGGUAUACAUCCAUCUUCCCAUGACCAAAGGGGGAAAGGCCAAGAUUCGCAUAGAUGGCCGGGAGGAAGUGUACAAUGAGGGCGAUGGCGCAUUUGUAGAUGGCGUGCGCGCUGGGGAUAAGCUAGCUGUUGAGAGCGUUGGUGAAGCAGAGGCUGAAAUUGUUCUCCUUGAUACGGCGUAAACGGAAAAUAGGAGGGCACGAGACCAAUUCGAGUGUGGACUAAAUGGUAAUUGCGGUUAUGUAUUGUACAUAUCUAAUAAUAUUCAUUACAUCGUCGCGCCAGACUUGUUUCUUGUACACUGUGGUACCGGUAUUCUGAAUGUCAAGACAACUUUAAGAUGGCGGCAAAUUCGUCUCUCAGCCUUUCCACGAUUGACCAUGUAAAAUAGAUACAAUAAAACUACUACUUCCUAAA